AUUCUUUUAAUAUCAUCGGUUUCUCAUAAGCUGCUCAUGAAUAUAAUCGUAAUGUGAUUGAAUAACGUUCGGUUCGUGCGUACCAGAGUACUUAGAUGCACCGUAAUUCUUUGUAAAUCGUAAUUGAACUUUUAACUCUUUCACUCGACACCACUGUGAAGGUUUUAGAUUGUCUUUGCAUUAUUCAUUAUAAUUAUAGUGAGUAUAUUGUCGGGCGCGAUAUUUAUUCUCGGCAGUUCUUUUGUUUCAUGCGAAGCGAACGCACAUAUAAAUUUAAUUUCGUUAAAGUUUUUUAAUAGUUUUUUUUUCAAUUUUGAGUUUAAAUUGCCCGAGUUGGUGUUGAUGUGUCGAGCAGCGCUAACAAUGCAAUCACACAACAAUCAUAAAUAAACAGAAAGUAAUUGAUAAUGACAACAAUAAUACGCGCAGUGAACGUUGUGCCGCACAUGGUAUACACAGUAGCCACUUGUCGGCGGUGAGUUGGUGUGUUGGUGUCGCAAGUGCCGCAAGUCGUGAGUGACUUAUCACUCGUAAAAGUUUUUUUGUAUUUCGUGCGAUUCCAGUUGAACCUGCUCCCGGUCGAUAUCGUAGUUGUAAGAAACAAUUACAACUAACAGCGCACGUUUAAAAAUUUCGCCGAUUGACACAUCACUGUUAUUCGCCAUCAUCGCGCUACUCGUAGCAUAAAUACCAAAAGUCAUCUCUGCGUUCUGUACGAAGAAGUCGUCGAACAUCUCCAUAUCUAUACGCGGCGUGGACUAGCGCUUUCUCGGUGCCCUCAUGCCUUGAUUCGGUCAGUGUGUUCUUCGUUCUCUUCGAAUCAAGAGUGCGUACAGUGGCAGCAGAUCAAUUUAAGACUGUUGUAACUUUAUGGUGUAUUUUGUGCGCAAAUUUUUGCCUUGAGGAAGUUGAGACUGAUGUUGUGAUUUUUUCCAUUAAGAACAAUUGUCGAUUAAGCCUCGCCAAGGACAAACUGGACGUGCUUUGUGAACACAUUGGAUGCAAUUUUGCACGGCUACGAUCUGAUAACAACACACCAACACUAAAGUUGCGAAUUCGUCCUGCUACCAUGCGUCCAAAUCUUCUGUAUUCAGUUUGUUUUUUCGUUACCGUGUAUGUUUAGUAUGCUGCGCGCGUGAAUACAGUCAUCAGCUCAUUAUCCGGACAAAAAUCGCGCGCAACAGUGUACCGGUGAGAAAAACACGGGAUCUGGAAGCUGUUUGUUCAGUCUGCAGAAUCUGGUCCAUCUUGACGGUGUGUUAGCGGUGCUUGGCUGGCGAAACAGUUCUCUGACAUCAAACGCGGAUAUUGAGUUAGUUCGCAAAGAUGAGUGAAGUACACAACAGUACGGAAAACGGUGCGCCCGAGAGCAGCGAUCUGUUGGUGGCCAAGAUAUUGGCGAUGACCGUACUCGGCUUGGCGUCCUUCUUCGUUGGAGUGUUGCCCAUCAAACUGGCAAAGCGCAUCAACAUCAAGUCCGCGAACGAGGACAAGAAUCUACUGAUUUCAUUGUUCCUCUGUUUCGGUGGUGGCGUACUAUUAUUCACUACAUUUUUACAUCUCCAACCGGAAGUUAGAGAGAGUUUUGCCCGAUUGGAAGGAGCAAAUAAAAUUCCAAUAAUUGGACAUGGCAUAUCUCUAUCAGAAAUCGUCUUCUGUAGCGGUUUCUUUUUCGUGUAUCUGAUUGAGGAAUUAGUGCACGUAUUGUUGGACCGACGUCUAGAAAAUCAGGCACUGCACAGAACCCUCUCAGUGCGUAAGAAGGACAAUGUCCACAUUCCACGAGUUGCACUAAACAAGGACGACGUAGUAGGUAAUGUCGGUAGCAACAAACCGGAAGUUGGAAAGAUGGAGGUUCAGUAUCAUCAUAAUGGCCAUAGCCAUGCACAUAUUGAUGAGAAUAUCAAGAAUUCUUUCCGAGGACUUUUAGCCGUAUUGGCGUUGAGUUUUCACGCCGUCUUCGAGGGUCUUGCUGUCGGACUGGAAAACAGUGUGCAGAAAGUUUGGUACCUGUUUGCGGCCAUCGCCACGCACAAGUUGGUGAUUGCCUUUUGCGUUGGCGUGGAACUGGUCACGUAAACGAAGAUGUUGUUGAUUUUUAUUUAUAUUGGUACCUUUGCCAUUGUCACACCAUUAGGAAUCAGCACUGGGAUUGCGUUGAGCGAAUCUGGUACAUCAGAGAUUGAUGUCACAUCAGUCGUACUACAAGGAAUGGCCGCCGGUACACUUUUAUAUGUGGUGUUCUUCGAAGUUUUGGAGGAAAGAAGCAAUAACCAUGCUGGAAUUUGGCAACUUCUAGCAAUUAUCGUCGGGUUUGCAGUCAUGUUUUGUUUGCAGAUUAUCAGUGAGUUACAAUAUAACACGAACAAAGAAAGUCUUGGAAUGCAUGCAAUUUAA